UAUAUAUUGCCAGUACAUUUGUAAUUCCGGCCCUAGCUGGGGAUUUACUGGCUGGGGGGGUGACUGUAAUUAAAAAUACAAAAUAGGGAAUGAGUAGGGGGGGCUUAUUCACUAAUAAUAUAUUGUGCUCAGCAUUAAGCCUGUUCCUUUGAUCGUAGUAAUAAAAGGUGAACACAAACCCUGAUAUCAUUUAACUUUAUUUCAUUAUUAUUUCUUAUUUAAGAUUAACUCAGAAAUGAGUGAAAGAAUGCGAAAAUUCUUUAAAAAUAUCUUUGGACGAAAUAACCAGGAUAACAUCCAUAUCAACGAUGUUACACCUGAUCAGCCUAAAGAAAAAUCUGGAAGAUUCAAAAGACUCCGAAAAAGAAUAUCAAGACUUUUUGGAUGUCGGAGGCCCUGCUGUAGUGAUAUUGCAGAGGAACCUGAACUUCCCUAUGAAGAGGCAAAAGAAGAAAUGAAGCCAUACUCUCCAAUUUCUUUUAAGAAAUGCUGUGAGAAGAUCAAGAUGCGUGUGGAUUUGGACAGCUACUUUGCACCUUCAGCUGAGUAUUCUAUGGAAUAUCCUGAAGCCUUUGAGUGCGAAAUGAAGCCGUACUCUCCAGUUUCUUUUAAGAAAUGCUGUGAGAAGAUCAAGAUGCGUGUGGAUUGGGACAGCUACUUUGCAUCUUCGGCUGAGUAUUCUACGGAAUAUCCUGAAGCCUUUGAGCGUGAAGAGGAGCAGCGAGAGCUAUUUAAGCCGCUCACUCCAGAUUACUGUUUGACACAAACCGAAGAUGAAGAUGAUGAACGGGAGCCACUGGGCUGUAGCAGCGACAUCCCACCUAUUGGCUCCCAGGACAGCGAUGAAGUCGGACCCUAUGACAGUCUGAUUAAGUGGUUUAAAAUAGAGGUGGAGGAUGCGCUAAAUAGAAUAUUUGAUGCAGAUCCUCCUACGAUGCAAAUGGAAAUUGAAGAUAUUGAAUUGGAGCCACUGGGCUGUAGCAGCGACAUCCCACCUAUUGGCUCCCAGGACAGCGAUGAAGUUGGACCCUAUGACAGUCUGAUAAAGUGGUUUAAAAUAGAGGUGGAGGAUGCUUUAAAUAGAAUAUUUGCUCCAGCUGUCAGAACGCAUUGCUGGAUGGAAGAUGAAGAUUCUACCUCACAGGAUUCUGGUAGCAGCUUUGCUUCUACCGCUGAUAGUUCCUUGGUACAGGAGGUACCUGUACCCUUUAUAUUGGAUGACAGUGAUAGAGAAUCGAUCGACCAAGAGGAGGUACCUGUACCCUUUAUAUUGGAUGACAGUGAUAGAGAAUCGAUCGACCAAGAGGAGGUACCUGUACCCUUUAUAUUGGAUGACAGUGAUAAAGAAUCGAUCGACCAAGAGGAGGUACUUAGGCCGAUCCCUCCAGAUCCUUCUACGAUGCAACUGGAAAUUGAAGAUCUUGAUCUGGAGAACCAAUAUUAGACUGGGAGGCAUUCGAGAAGAAACCCGAGCUCUGGAACUGCAGCAGAAUGGACUGAGCCAGGAGAUCCAGAAACGCUCUGUUAUGAAUUUCUGUGAAAUAUAAAAAGCAGAACCCACAACUGUGGGGGGGCCCAGGGGAGAGACUGACCAAUGAGGAGCCAGAAAGUAUAUUUAUAUCCCCUGGGGCCCUGCCCGUGCCAUAUACAAGCAUGGGGGGGUGGUGGAGGGACUUUCUGGUAGCGACUCAGGUCACAUGUGGGGUAUUUUGAUCCCCAUCUCUUAUCUGUGGAAAUGUCUCUGUGGAAAUAAGAGAUGCUUAUUG